GCUUACACGUUUAAUAACGAUCAGGAAUUUAGCUCCUUCUGUCCAAGAUAUUCCUUGUGAGCUUGUACGCAAAAAUAAAUGUUGUGACAUAUACCAGCUCAAAAUGCUGGUGGAAUUCCUUUUUGAACUAAGAAGAGUCGUCCAUAAACCACAAUGCUUCAGCAAUUACUUAGUCACUUAUUGUUGUAACAAGAAAGUAUUCGCCACAAGACGGAAUUUCAUUUGGUUCUACUCCAUUACUCUCAUAGCUACCAACCUUGUCAUCCGUUGAUCGAUUGUGAAUUGGAUUUAAUGCAUUCAGUUUAGCGACUUCGCUUUUUCCGAACGAUCACGUUGGUUGGAUCCACCACUUUUCAACAAUGUUUCGGAAAAUAUUACCCAAUAUAUUGCGAUUGGCACCCGCAAAACUGAUCUUCGCAUGCGUUUUACCUUUCAUAGUGGUCGAAUUGUAUUCUUUGGAAACUUGUGACCUGGAACAUUCUUUAUCUGAAAUGUUUCUUCAAAAAUCAAUAUCGAUGAGCAAUUCAAUUGCUGUAAACAACGGAUACAAGAAGACAUCGCUGUCCCACCAGUCUCGACAAAAAUCUCCUCCAAUCAAUCCUUUGCAAAUUUACAACAUGGCAUUACAAAAGGUAAAACUUUCGCAACGAGAGUCAAAAGUAAACAUAACCAAAGCAAUCGCACUCGAACGAGAUGCAAUGAAUAUAUUUUGCCAUCUGCUCAAAGAGCCCAAAGCCAAUACACUUCUUAAGAUCGUGGCCGGUCGUGAAUGUGUGAAAUUGUGCAAGAAUUAUCAUCAACACGAUGCCCUCAUUGAGGCUUUAGGUUGGUUGCGGUUCGAAUUGCCGGAUCAUCCCAACAUCUGGCUCCAUCACGCUACACUUUUAUUCACAUCAGGCCAAACCAAUGAUGCCAUGGGUUCUUUGCGAAAAUUCCAACUCCAAUGGCCCCAAGAUCGUCGAGGUUUCUGUUUGCAAGAGCUCGGUGCUCGAUUACAAGCUUGCUCAAGAGAAACUCCGGCUUCAUUGUUCCAUGGGUCAACAACCGUCAAGGAUCGUCCAAAUCAAUCUGACGCUUGCAAGGUUGGAACUCUUGGGAUUUUUGGGUUCAUGGCGAACUCCUUUAGAAGAAACGGAAGUUUGGCUUUGGCAGAAAUCGUGUUUGAACAAGGUUACCAAUUGGGGUUUUAUCCCACCAAAUGGCAACGAUCUUCAGCUCUUCGGCAUCAAUGUUUGAACUUGAAAAGUCAACCUUUAUGGAAAAUUGAAGAUGUGAGUUACUCAAUUGGAUUGCAAGAGAUUCGAAACAAUUGGAGGAUCAUUCGCACAGAAGCUGAGGUUGCGUUUAGUCUCGGUGUAUUUGAUGAUGAGCAAGAGAAUCUCGUUCAAGAAGGCUUAUGGCAGCAAUUGGUCUUGUUCGAAAAUGGCCAAAAAGUGAUGGGUGGUUGUUCGAAGGCCCCCAAAACAUGCCAAAUCGUAGGAUCUUUUCCUGAACUUUUAUCAACACGACGCGGUCAAAUCAAAUUUAGCCUCUUGCAACCUGGAACUUGGAUCCAUCCACACACGGGACCGACCAAUUGCCGCCUUCGGGCUCAUCUUGGUCUCAUGGUACCUCCUGUAACGAGUGGAGAGGUUAUUUUGAGGAUUGGCGAGGAUCGAGUGAAUUGGCAGGAGGGUGAAUUUCUCAUCAUUGACGACAGCUUUGAACACGAAGUAUAUAACAAUAGUACUGAGGCGCGUCUUAUUCUUUUGAUCGAUUUUUGGCAUCCUGGACUCUCUGAGGAAGAUAAAUUUUCGUUGGAAUGGGAUCAAGCGGACCCUAAUCCCCCAUGGAGUGAGGAGGAUGACUCACUUAUUUCCAUAGCUGGGUUGGCUUCGAAAAUAAAAACGAUUAUCCCUUACAUCAAGUCGCCCUUCUUUAUUUAAUGUUCUCGAGUUUUUUACUAUCCGAUACAUCUCGAUUGAUCUAAUGAAAACCGUUCAACGUUUACUGUGAUCAUAGGAGCUUUCAAGACAUGCUGACAUUAAUUUGCUAGUAGAUGACACAUUUUGGUAUCGUUACUUUUAAGUGCUUCAAAUAACAUCUUAAAGUAAACCUCGUAAAAUAGUCCGU